AUGGCUCCAACAAACGGCACGCAAAAAGUCCUCUCCCCAUCAAAGCUCGCCCACAUCGUCCUCCGCACGAACAAGUUCGAACAGAUGAGAAAUUACUACUGCAACUUCCUCGGCGGUCACGUCGUGCAUGGAAACGACUAUCUAGCCUUCAUCACGUACGACGACGAGCACCAUCGCAUCGCGUUGCUGUCGAACCCACAGCUGCAGGACAAUCCCGGGACUACCUCUGGAUUAGAACACAUCGCCUUCACGUUCGACAACUUGCAGGAUCUGUGCACGGCCUAUAAACAGAGGAAGGCGUUGGGUAUCACGCCUGGAUGGUGUGUGAACCACGGCCCCACAACAUCAAUGUACUACCGCGACCCGGACGGCAACAUGAUCGAGACGCAAGUCGACAACUACGACACCGCGGAGGAAGCCACCGCGAGCAUGCUGACCGAGGCCUUCGCGAAGAACUCCCUGGGCAUGGACUACGACCCGGAGGAGCUCUGCAGGCGGGUGGAGUCGGGCGAGGAUGAGGCUUCGAUCAAGAAGCAGGGCGAUGUGGUGCCGCGGGGCGCGGAGGAUCUGCCGAAUAUCAGGGCGAAGAUGAUGAGUAGUCAGGUUGGGGUUUGA